ACAACGAUUGGUUUCAUACCGUACGGUAACAAAUAAAAGUCUUCAUCUCUCUCCCUCCUUCCUUUGCGUUUAGAUUUGACUAAUCAUCUCACGCCGGAGCUCCAAAGGCAGCACGACGAUCAUCAAGUCUCGAUCUUUCAGACCACCCUCGACAAUCAAUAAAGGGUUUGAUCGCUGUACGCAAGGAGUCAAUGGCGUCUUCUUCUUCUGACACAUGGAUGAGAGAGUACAACGAGGCUUUAAAACUCUCUGAGGAUAUAAACGGCAUGAUGUCCGAAAGAAACUCCUCUGGUUUAACCGGACCUGAUGCUCAGCGCCGUGCUUCAGCUAUACGCAGAAAGAUCACCAUUUUGGGGACUCGAUUAGACAGUCUUCAAUCCCUUCUCGUUAAAGUUCCUGGGAAGCAACAUGUGUCAGAGAAAGAGAUGAAUCGUCGUAAGGAUAUGGUUGGGAACUUGAGAUCAAAGGCGAAUCAGGUGGCGUCUGCUUUGAACAUGUCGAACUUUGCUAAUAGAGACAGCUUGCUUGGGCCAGAUACAAAGCCUGAUGAUGCAAUCAACAGAGUCUCUGGCAUGGAUAACCAAGGCAUUGUUGGAUUCCAACGACAAAUUAUGCGAGAACAAGACGAAGGGCUGGAGAAGUUGGAGGAAACUGUCAUGAGUACCAAACACAUUGCUCUCGCUGUCAACGAGGAGCUCACUCUACAGACAAGGCUUAUCGAUGACUUAGACUACCAUGUGGAUGUUACGGACUCUCGCUUAAGGCGUGUGCAGAAGAGCCUUGCAGUGAUGAACAAGAAUAUGAAAGGAGGUUGCUCGUGCAUGUCCAUGCUCUUGUCAGUGCUUGGAAUCGUCGGUCUUGCUCUUGUCAUUUGGCUGCUGGUUAAGUACCUGUAAUGCCCACUAAUAUGAUGAAUCAAAUUCUAUCUUGGUCUUUCAGCCUCUCGUCUAUGCGUAUGGUUAUAUUGUCUUAUGUGUACAUCGCUGUGUGCAAGAACCCUUCAAAAAGUAUAUAAUCAAAGUUGUAUUUUGUGUUGUAUUAUAUGACUCCUACUUGGUUCACGAAAAGACUUAUCACAACCUCUUUGAUCU